GACGUGAUGAGGCCUCCCACAGGUUAAUGAUUACAGGAGCUCUGCUGAUCACAGCUCAACCUCUCUCACUGUGUGUCCAGUAACAGACUGAACCCAGCUGCCUCUCUAUUCUGCAGUUUUUUAGUGGACAGCCAUGUCGGAGCUCCGUGUGUGUGUGUCAGACUUUGAGAAGGAGGCCAAGAGAGUUCUUCCUAAAGCUGUAUAUGACUACUACCGCUCAGGAGCUGAUGAGCAAAACACACUGGCUGACAAUGUUGCUGCCUUCAAGAGGUGGUGUUUUAUGCCUCGGGUUCUGAGGAACGUGUCCACUGUGGAUCUGAGUGUCUCUGUGCUGGGACAGAAUCUCAGCAUGCCCAUCUGUGUGGCAGCUACAGCAAUGCAGAGGAUGGCUCACCCUGAUGGAGAGACAGCUACUGCAAGAGCAUGCCAAGCAAUGGGGACAGGGAUGAUGCUGAGCUCCUGGGCUACCUCCACUAUAGAGGAAGUGAUGUCAGCAAUGACAACCUCACCUGGUGAUAGGGGUGUCAUGUGGAUGCAGCUCUACAUCUAUAAAGACAGAGAGCUUACUCUGUCAUUGGUCCGCCGAGCAGAGGAGGCAGGUUAUAAAGCUAUCUUUGUUACCGUGGAUACACCAUACCUGGGUAGGAGAUGGGAUGACAUGCGCAACCGCUUUAAACUGCCCUCACACCUGAGUAUGUCUAACUUCUCAUCAGCCUUUCUGGGUUUCUCUGAGGGGAACUAUGGUAAUGACAGUGGUCUGGCUGUUUAUGUUGCAAAUGCAAUAGACCCCACCAUCUGCUGGGAUGACAUCACCUGGCUAAAGAAACACACACACCUACCUGUCAUUGUGAAAGGAGUACUAAAUGGUCAGGAUGCCGUCCAGGCUUUGAAUUACGGUGUUGAUGGCAUCUUGGUAUCCAAUCACGGAGCUCGACAGCUGGAUGGAGUUCCUGCCACGCUGGAUGUGUUGGAGGAGGUGGUGGGGGCAGUGCAGGGUCGCUGUGAUGUCUACAUGGAUGGAGGAGUGAGGCGAGGGACAGACGUCCUGAAGGCAUUAGCUCUGGGAGCAAAGGCUGUGUUCAUUGGCCGACCGGUACUGUGGGGCCUCGCCUGUCAGGGGGCACAGGGAGUUACUGAGGUUCUGGAACUUCUAAAAGAUGAGCUGCGACUGGCUAUGGCCCUGGCAGGCUGUCGUUCUGUAUCUGAAGUGAGCAGGUCUCUGGUCAGAAGAAUGGAUUUUACCUCCAGGAUGUGAGAGCAGAUUUGCUGCAGGAAUCAGAACAGAAUACAUUCUCUAUGGAUCUCUGGA